CGUGGUCGUCACGUGGUGGGGGCGCCGUCGGGUCGAAGGUGACGCUGCGCGGGCCUGUUCCGGAAGGCUGCGGAACAGUUGGAUUUAUGCACUUACUUUUGUUCUUGUAGAGGUGUCGUUAGUUUAAAGCGAACAACGGAGUGGGGGAAAAAAUCAGAGUCAGAAAUGGCGUCGACGGCGGCCGGGAAGCAGCGGAUCCCUAAAGUGGCGAAGGUGAAAAAUAAGGCACCUGCUGAAUUGCAAAUUACAGCUGAACAACUUUUGAGAGAAGCAAAAGAGAGGGAACUUGAACUUCUGCCACCACCGCCGACUCAAAAGAUCACCGAUGAGGAGGAAUUGAAUGACUACAAGCUAAGAAAAAGAAAAACCUUUGAAGACAAUAUACGGAAAAAUCGAACUGUUAUUAGCAACUGGAUCAAAUACGCACAAUGGGAGGAGAGCCUAAAAGAAAUACAGCGGGCACGUUCGAUUUACGAGCGUGCAUUAGAUGUCGAUCACAGAAAUAUCACGCUGUGGUUGAAGUAUGCAGAGAUGGAAAUGAAGAACCGACAGAUUAAUCACGCCCGCAACAUCUGGGAUCGAGCAAUUACCAUCCUGCCCAGGGUCAACCAGUUUUGGUACAAAUAUACCUACAUGGAGGAAAUGCUAGGGAAUGUUGCAGGGGCAAGGCAGGUGUUUGAGCGCUGGAUGGAAUGGCAUCCCGAUGAACAAGCUUGGCAUUCCUAUAUUAAUUUUGAACUGCGAUACAAGGAAAUUGAAAGAGCCCGACUGGUUUAUGAGAAGUUUGUUUUGAUCCAUCCUGAUGUGAAGAACUGGAUUAAAUAUGCCCGGUUUGAAGAAAAGCACGCAUAUAUUGGACAUACACGGAAAGUCUACGAAAGAGGAGUGGAAUUUUAUGGGGAGGAUCACAUGGACGAGCAGCUCUUUGUGUCAUUUGCAAAGUUUGAAGAAAAGCAGAAAGAAUUUGAUCGAGUGCGAGUGAUUUACAAAUAUGCGCUUGAUAGAAUUGCCAAAAGUCAAGCUCAAGAGCUCUUCAAAAACUACACAGUGUUUGAGAAAAAAUUUGGGGACAGAAGAGGUAUUGAAGAUGUUAUUGUCAGCAAAAGACGCUUUCAAUAUGAAGAAGAAGUCAAGGCUAAUCCACAUAACUAUGAUGCCUGGUUUGAUUACCUCCGCUUGGUUGAGAGCGACGGAGACCCUGAGACUGUACAUGAAGUGUAUGAGCGUGCAAUCGCCAAUGUUCCACCCAUUCAAGAAAAGCGGCACUGGAGGAGAUACAUUUACUUAUGGGUUAAUUAUUCUUUGUUUGAAGAACUGGAGGCAAAGGAUCCAGAGAAGACUAGGCAAGUUUAUCAAGCAUGUUUGGAACUCAUCCCCCAUAAGAAGUUUACCUUUGCCAAAUUGUGGCUGCUAUAUGCACAGUUCGAAGUUCGACAGAAAAAUCUACCUCUUGCCAGACGGGCUUUGGGUACUGGGAUAGGAAAAUGUCCAAAAAACAAGUUGUUCAAAGGUUAUAUUGAACUAGAGCUCCAGCUUCGUGAGUUUGACCGAUGUAGGAAACUCUAUGAGAAAUACUUGGAAUUUUCCCCGGAGAAUUGCACCACUUGGAUCAAGUUUGCUGAAUUAGAGACCAUCCUAGGUGAUGUAGAGCGUGCUCGUGCAAUCUAUGAGCUAGCAAUUGGUCAACCUAGACUCGAUAUGCCAGAGGUUCUGUGGAAGUCCUACAUUGACUUUGAAAUUGAACAGGAAGAAUAUGACAUGACGAGAAAUCUUUACAGACGUCUACUUCAACGCACUCAACAUGUUAAAGUAUGGAUCAGUUAUGUUCAGUUUGAACUUUCGGUGGAUGCGACUGAACGUUUAUCUCGAUGUCGACAAAUCUAUGAGGAUGCCAACAGAUCUUUGCGAAACUGUGAGGAGAAAGAAGAGCGACUCAUGUUCUUGGAGUCCUGGAGGGAUUUUGAGAUAGAAUUUGGCACAGAGUCUUUAAAAAACAGAGUUGUAAAACUCAUGCCAGAACGCGUCAAGAAAAGGCGAAAGUUACAGGCAGAAGAUGGGUCAGAUGCUGGCUGGGAGGAAUAUUACGACUACAUUUUCCCAGAAGAUGCUGCCAAUCAACCAAACCUCAAGCUGCUUGCUAUGGCCAAACUCUGGAAGAAACAACUGCAGGAUGAGAAAGAAUCAGAGGAUGACCCAGAUGAAAAUACAGAUAAAACGGAGGAGGGUGAAUCCUGAUGAAUGGGCAACCUUUUUUAGACUCUUCAAUUUGCUUUGUCUCUUACUUUUUUGAACUUUUUUUUGUACAAUACGUGGAAAGCUGGAGCUAUUAAAUUGGUUUUUGUACUGAUGUUUUCUUGGCAUUCCUUAUACAAUAUCAUGAUCAUACACCAUUAUCCUUAGUUGGGGUCAGAAUAACUUAAAUACCUACAACGUGCUGGAAGAUCUCAGCAGGUCAGGCAGCAUCUGUGGAGGGAAUGAGAUGUCGGGACGGUACCCUUUGGACUGACUAGUAGGGAGGACACGGCUGGAAAAAAAGAGAUGCGGGCAGGUUAGAGAUAAGCAUUGCCCUGCCCUGACCCACCUCUCCUUUGCAGCUUCCCCUCCCCCGCCCACUACAAUUAAUUUGAAGGGUCCCAACCCAAAUGUCCCGUCCAUUCCCUCCACAGAUGCUGCUUUACCCGCUGAGUUCCUUCAGCACAUUGUGUUUCAAGAUUCCAGCAUCUGCAGUUCAAGUAUCUCCAACUUAAGUAUCUAUUUUGAUCAAGUCAUCCACUUCUUUUGGCUAAAUCAAUUCAGCUUAAGAUGACUUUCUAACUAUCCAACAAUGGUAUUAUUUGUUUUAAUAUGUAAAUGAAAGCACAAUAUGUUGAAUCGUACAGAUAAUGUCAAGCUUUAUGCUGUUUACAAAUAAAAUUGGCCAUUAUUUGUCACCUU